UCCUCUUCCGUACUUUUUCGUAAUUUUGCCCAGAUACGGAUGAUUUCCUCGUUCUGUUUUCUCAUUGGUCAAAUCAUCAUCCGCUAUUUUCUGUAAGAAGUUUUUUUGUUGUUGACAGUUUUUGUAUUCAACGAUAUACAAAUUCACUUCAGGCGUUUCAGUCAAGGACAGGAAUGUCGCGAUGAUCGUCUCUCUGCUUUGUGUUUUUCUUCUUUACGGGACUUUGACUUCAGUUCAAGCAGAGAGACACUCUGUGUAUUACAUUUUCACAGCCUUGUCUAAACCUGUGGAUCUGCCGGGUAUCUAUGAAUUCAGUGCUAUGGGUCUGCUGGACGACACACAAAUCGACUAUUACAAUAAUGAAGAAAACAGCUAUUGUAAUCCCAAACAGCCCUCGGUGAAAGAGAAAAUGCAGGAGGAUUACUGGGAAAAAUGCCAGUCCAGAAGGUUUAUAGAACUGUGGUUUAAUGUGAUCGUCCAAAAUCUGAUGUACAGCAUAAAUCAAAGUAAAUCAGAUCUUCAUGUUCUUCAGUGGAGAGUCGGUUGUGAAGUUGAGCAGGAGGGAGAUGAAGUGAAGUUCUCCAAAGGCAUUUUUGAGUACGGCUAUGAUGGAGAGGACUUCUUGUUUUUUGAUUUUAACAAGUUUCAAUGGGUUGCUGCAGUUCAUGAAGCUCUACCAGCCAAGGGAAAUUGGGAAAAUAUGCCGGGCCUAAACCAAGACUCCAAAGGAUACCUGGAGAAAGAGUGUGUGGACUGGCUCAACAAAUUAAGAAAAGAUGGACACGAGAAGCUCAGAAAUGGCUCUCCUCCAAAUGUUUAUGUGUUUGAGAAGAAGAAUACCAAUGAUGAAACCAAGCUGAAACUCACCUGUCUGGCCACUGGCUUCUACCCCAAAGACGUAAUGAUGAUCAUUAGGAAAAAUCACACAUCUCUGCCUGAAGAUGAGAUUGAAUCCACAAAAAUCAGACCAAACCAGGAUGAAUCCUUCCAGAUGAGGAAGAGUGUGGAGAUCAAGAAGGAUGAAAAAGAUGAAUAUGAUUGUUUUGUUUCUCACAAGAGCAUCAAAGAGCCAGUUAUCGCCAAAUUAGGACAAGCUAUUGAAUUAUCGAAUGCCAGUGCCGCUGAUGCUGAAGAAUCUUUGCUCGAGAAAGAAUCUAAUGGAUGCAAGAGUACUGGUGAAACACUAGCUGUCUCUCUGGAGAAAGCCAAACCAAAGAGACACUCGCUGUAUUACAUUUACACAGCCUUGUCUAAACCUGUGGAUCAGCCGGGCAUCUAUGAAUUCAGUGCUAUGGGUCUGCUGGACGACACACAGAUCGACUAUUACAAUAGUAAAGAAAAUAGAAAGAUUCCCAAACAGUCCUGGAUGAAAGAGAAAAUGCAGGAGGAUUACUGGGAAAGAGGCACUCAGUCCAGAAAGAGUAAAGAACAGUGGUUUAAUGUGAACAUCAAUAUUCUGAUGAACCGUGUGAAUCAUAGUGAAUCAGAUCUCCAUGUUCUUCAGUGGAGACACGGUUGUGAAGUUGAGCAGCAGGGAGAUGAAGUGAAGUUUUCCAAAGGCAUUGAUGAGUAUGGCUAUGAUGGAGAGGACUUCUUGUCUUUUGAUAUUAACAAGUCUCAAUGGGUCGCUCCAGUUGUUGCAGCCAUACCAACCAAGAGAAAAUGGGACAAUGUGCCGAUCCUAAACCAAUACACCAAAGGAUACCUGGAGAAAGAGUGUGUGGACUGGCUCAACAAAUUCAGAGGAUAUGGAGAUGAGAAGCUCAGAAACAGCUAUCCUCCAAAUGUUUAUGUGAUUGAAAAGAAGAAUACCAAUGAUGAAACCAAGCUGAAACUCACCUGUCUGACAACUGGCUUCUACCCCAAAGACGUGAUGAUGAGCAUUAGGAAAUAUCGCACAUCUCUGCCUGAAGAUGAGAUUGAAUCCACAGGAAUCAGACCAAACCAUGAUGGAUCCUUCCAGAUGAGGAAGAGUGUGGAGAUCAAGAAGGAGGAAAAAGAUGAAUAUGAUUGUUUUGUUUCUCACAAGAGCAUCAAAGAACCAGUUAUCGCCAAAUUAGGACAACCUAUUGAAUUAUCGAAUGCCAGUGCAGCUGAUGCUGAAGAAUCUUUGCUCAAGAAAAAAUCUGAUGGACGCAAGAGUGGUGAAACACUAGACAUCAGUGCAGCUGUCUCUCUGGAGAAAGCCAAACCAAAGAGACACUCGCUGUAUUACAUUUACACAGCCUUGUCUAAACCUGUGGAUCAGCCGGGCAUCUAUGAAUUCACUGCUAUGGGUCUGCUGGACGACACACAGAUCGACUAUUACAAUAGUGAAGAAAAGAGAAGGAUUCCCAAACAACAGUGGAUAAGAGAGAAACUGCAGGAGGAUUACUGGGAAAAAGGCACUCAGUCCAGAAAAUAUAAAGAACAGUGGUUUAAUGUGAGCAUCAAUAUUCUGAUGAGCCGAAUGAAUCAAAGUAAAUCAGAUCUCCAUGUUCUUCAGUGGAGACACGGUUGUGAAGUUGAGCUGCAGGGAGAUGAAGUGAAGUUUUCCAAAGGCAUUGAUGAGUAUGGCUAUGAUGGAGAGGACUUCUUAUAUUUUGAUAUUAACCAGUCUCAAUGGGUCGCUCAAGUUAAUAAAGCUCUAAUAACCAAGAGAAAAUGGGACAAUGUGCCGAUCCUAAACCAAUACAUCAAAGGAUACCUGGAGAAAGAGUGUGUUGACUGGCUCAACAAAUUCAGAGAAUAUGGAGACGAGAAGCUCAGAAACGGCUCUCCUCCAAAUGUUUAUGUGAUUGAAAAGAAGAAUACCAAUGAUAAAACCAAGCUGAAACUCACCUGUAUGGCCACUGGCUUCUACCCCAAAGACGUGAUGAUGAGCAUUAGGAAAAAUCACACAUCUCUGCCUGAAGAUGAGAUUAAAUCCACAAAAAUCAGACCAAACCAUGAUGGAUCCUUCCAGAUGAGGAAGAGUGUGGAGAUCAAGAAGGAUGAAAAAGAUGAAUAUGAUUGUUUUGUGUACCACAAGAGCAUCAAAGAGCCAGUUAUCGCCAAAUUAGGACAGGCUAUUGAAUUAUCGAAUGCCAGUGCAGCUGAUGCUGAAGAAUCUUUGCUCAAGAAAAAAUCUGAUGGACGCAAGAGUGGUGAAACACUAGACAUCAGAGCAGCUGUCUCUCUGGAGAAAGCCAAACCAAAGAAACACUCGCUGUAUUACAUUUACACAGCCUUGUCUAAACCUGUGGAUCUGCCAGGCAUCUAUGAAUUCACUGCUAUGGGUCUGCUGGACGACACACAGAUUGACUAUUACAAUAGUGAAGAAAAGAGAAAGAUUCCAAAACAACAGUGGAUGAAAGAGAAUCUGCAGGAGGAUUAUUGGGAAAAAGGCACUCAGUCCAGAAAGUAUAAAGAACAGUGGUUUAAUGUGAACAUCAAUAUUGUGAUAGACCGCAUGAAUCAAAGUGAAUCAGAUCUCCAUGUUCUUCAGUGGAGACACGGUUGUGAAGUUGAGCAGCAGGGAGAUGAAGUGAAGUUUUCCAAAGGCAUUGAUGAGUACGGCUAUGAUGGAGAAAACUUCUUGUCUUUUGAUAUUAACGAGUCUCAAUGGGUCGCUCAAAUUAAUAAAGCUCUAAUAACCAAGAUAAAAUGGGACAAUGUGCCGAUCCUAAACCAAUACACCAAAGGAUACCUGGAGAAAGAGUGUGUGGACUGGCUCAACAAAUUCAGAGAAUAUGGAGACAAGAAGCUCAGAAAUGGCUCUCCUCCAAAUGUUUAUGUGAUUGAAAAGAAGAAUACCAAUGAUGAAACCAAGCUGAAACUCACCUGUCUGGCCACUGGCUUCUACCCCAAAGACGUGAUGAUGAUCAUUAGGAAAAAUCAAACAUCUCUGCCUGAAGAUGAGAUUGAAUCCACAAAAAUCAGACCAAACCAUGAUGGAUCCUUCCAGAUGAGGAAGAGUGUGGAGAUCAAGAAGGAUGAAAAAGAUGAAUAUGAUUGUUUUGUGUACCACAAGAGCAUCAAAGAGCCAGUUAUUGCCAAAUUAGGACAACCUAUUGAAUUAUCGAAUGCCAGUGCAGCUGAUGCUGAAGAAUCUUUGCUCAAGAAAAAAUCUGAUGGACGCAAGAGUGGUGAAACACUAGACAUCAGUGCAGCUGUCUCUCUGGAGAAAGCCAAACCAAAGAGACACUCGCUGUAUUACAUUUACACGGCCUUGUCUAAACCUGUGGAUCUGCCGGGCAUCUAUGAAUUCAGUGCUAUGGGUCUGCUGGACGACACACAGAUCGACUAUUACAAUAGUGAAGAAAAGAGAAGGAUUCCCAAACAACAGUGGAUGAAAGAGAAAAUGCAGGAGGAUUACUGGGAAAAAGGCACUGAGUCCAGAAAGAGAAAAGAACAGUGGUUUAAUGUGAACGUUCAUAUUCUGAUGAACCGCAUGAAUCAAAGUGAAUCAGAUCUUCAUGUUCUUCAGUGGAGAGUUGGUUGUGAAGUUGAGCAGGAGGGAGAUGAAUUUAAGUUUUCCAAAGGCAUUGAUGAGUACGGCUAUGAUGGAGAAAACUUCUUGGCUUUUGAUGAUAAAGAGUCUCAAUGGGUCGCUCCAGUUGAAGCAGCUCUACCAACCAAGAGAAAAUGGGACAGUGUGCCGAUCCUAAACCAAUACACCAAAGGAUACCUGGAGAAAGAGUGUGUGGACUGGCUCAACAAAUUCAGAGAAUAUGGAGACGAGAAGCUCAGAAACGGCUCUCCUCCAAAUGUUUAUGUGAUUGAAAAGAAGAAUACCAAUGAUGAAACCAAGCUGAAACUCACCUGUCUGGCCACUGGCUUCUACCCCAAAGACGUGAUGAUGAUCAUUAGGAAAAAUCACACAUCUCUGCCUGAAGAUGAGAUUGAAUCCACAGGAAUCAGACCAAACCAUGAUGGAUCCUUCCAGAUGAGGAAGAGUGUGGAGAUCAAGAAGGAGGAAAAAGAUGAAUAUGAUUGUUUUGUGUACCACAAGAGCAUCAAAGAACCAAUCAUCGUCAAAAGAGAUGGACAAUAGGCUUCUCUCCUGUCACGGUAAUUGGAGUUACUUCCAUUUGACACUGGAAGCGGAUGCACUGGAAAUUGGUUUAACAUGCUGUUUAAGCUCUACUUUAAUUCAUAUUAACACUAUGUGAUAUUUGUGAUUCCUCGCUUUGGUGUGUUUUUUUUUUUUUUGUUUUUUUUUUUUGCAUGUAUCCUAUAAUCUGUAAUCUGUAUGAUUAUAGGAUUUAUAACCUGUAUCAUGUAUAAUCUGAUAAUCAGACUGAAAAGCCUUCAUGUAACUGAGCUUUUUAAAUUUCACGUAGACCUGAAAUAAUCUGGUAACACUUUACUUUACAGUGCCGUGAUUGCAUGUUACUACAUCUAUGUACUAUAGUAAUAACAGUAAAUUAUGCAUAAUUACAAGUAACUAACUCUAAACCAAACCCUAACUGUAACUCUAUAGUAAGUACAUGUAGUUAAUAGUACUCAGUACUUAUUUGAGUAAUUACAAUGUAACUAUAGCACUGUAAAAUAAAGUGUAACCAAUGCUAUUAAUAGGAAAAAAUAAACAUGUAAAAUAUGAUGUGAUGAAAAUAUUGUAUUCAAAAAUAGCUGGCGCAGUGCUGUCAUGUGUAUGUUUAUAUACAUUUUACAUCUAACAAUAUGUGCAUCUAACGAACAUCGCAAAAUCUUACAAAGUGGUCAGUUGAGGACUCUGAAUAUUUACUAAAUGUUUGUUUAAAAGCUCUUCUGUCAGAUAUGUCAGCUUUCUUGAAAGAUGAAAACAGCAAUUAUACUCUCAGUAGUCCACAGUUUUGCUUCUCAUGACUGUUGCUCAUCUUCACUAAUGUUUAUCUGAUAAAUACUCACUAACUCUUAUUUGUAAAAAAUUGAGAACAUUUAAUAAAAAUAUCUAACAAAUGGUAA